AUGUCGGCGCCGAACCCGCUCCCAAAGUAUGUCUACAAGAUCAUCGACACCGAGCCCACGAGCCAGCUCUUAGACGAACUGCCCCUCUCCGAUCUAGACUCCAAAGACGGAUUCAUCCACCUAAGUGUCGCGAAGCAGGUUCCCAACGUUGCAGGUCUUUUCUUCGAGGCCCACACCACCCUAUGGGUCCUAAAGCUGCCCCUCGCCAGCCUAGGCCGCGUCGAGUGGGAGGGCAGCGAUGACCAGGGCAGAGCUUUUCCUCACCUAUAUGGGCGGUUUGGCGGGCGGGAGGUAGUAGGCAUCAAGGUGGUGCAGAGGUCUGCCAGCGAGGGGUGGAGGGGAAUAUUCGAAAGGGAUGACUGGCUUGAGUAG